ACAUAAAUUCAAAGUAGUAGAAGUGUAAUUUGGAGUAGUGUACUUAUAAGAAAAAUGAAAAUGAUUUCAAAAAUGGAUAUAAAUUUUGUUAAACAGGGUAUCCGUUUAAUGAAAUGGGUAAACCCGAUUCGUCAAAAAUGGAUCCAAUCACGAUUUGGGAACGAUGAAAGUGAGAGCAGCAAUGGUAGAAAAGCCAGAGAAUUGCACAGCAGAUGAACUUCAUUAUGUAAAUGUUCCAAAUAUAGAUUGGCGACUUGCACUCUGGCGUUACCUUCCUUCUCCUAAUGCGAUGAAAGCUAGAAAUCAUCCACUGUUAUUGUUGUCUGGUGUUGGAACUAAUGCUGUUGGAUAUGAUCUCUCCCCUCAAUCCUCGUUUGCCCGUCAUAUGUCAAGCGAAGGAUUUGACACAUGGAUUCUUGAAGUGCGAGGUGCUGGAUUGAGUAUGAGAGGUUUAGAGUCCUUUAAAAGGUUAUCAAAGUCGAAUCAAACCACUGCUGGUCAAUCCCAGAUUAAGGAUUUGAGUUUGAGUUUAUCACCACUGCCAUUUCUUGAAAUGAAUGAGCAACUUGUGCCGAUGAUGGAAGAUAUUCAAAGGCAGCUAAACCUGUUUUUGGACAGUGAAUGGGAUUUUGAUCAGCUCGUAAAAGAAGAUCUGCCUUUGGUGGUAGACUACAUUAAGACGCAAUGCAACCCUCGUGAUGGAAAAUUACUUUCCAUUGGGCACUCUAUGGGUGGUAUUUUGCUGUAUGCAGUGCUCUCAUUGUGUGGAUUUGAAGGAAGAGACUCUGAUUUUGCAGCAGUUACUACACUAGCAUCAACGCUCGACUAUUCAUCAUCAAAAUCUUCUCUAGAACUACUCUUGCCUUUGACGGAUCCUGCAGAGGCUUUAAAUAUCACAUCGAUUCCCAUGGGCACUAUAUUUGCAGCACUGCAUCCUCUAGCUUAUCGUGCUCCAUUUAUAUUGUCCUGGCUUAAUUCUCAGAUAUCUGCUCAGGACAUGAUGCUUCCAGAAUUGUUUGACAGGCUUGUGCUCAAGAACUUCUGUACAAUACCUGCAAAACUCCUCUUACAAUUAGCAACAGCCUUUGAGAGCUCUGGUUUACGUGAUCGAUCUGGAACAUUUUUAUACAAGGAUCAUCUCCAUAAGAGCAAUGUCCCUAUCUUGGCCAUUGCUGGGGAUCGCGACUUAAUCUGUCCCCCUGAAGCUGUAUACGAAACUGUUAAGGUGAUCCCAGAGAAAUUGAUUACAUACAAAGUUUUUGGAGAAAUUGGUGGUCCACAUUAUGCUCACUAUGAUUUAGUGGGAGGCCGUUUCGCUGCCAAGAAGGUUUAUCCGUGUAUAAUUAAUUUUCUCAGUGCUCAUGAUGAACUCGAUACAUCUUUUGCGGGCUGAAUUCUGUCACUGCGUCUUGCUCCUUCAUCUAAACAACCUACGUAGUAUAAAGAGUAAUCCAUAAGGCAUGGGACUCAUACAAAGAUCUUAUUUGUACAGUACACAGGAAUAUAGAUAAGCUGAUUUUUUUUAGUUUAUUAUUCUUCAUUUCUUCUGUAUGUAUAUACACACAUACUUGUAUAAUUUUUCACAUUCUUGAAAACAAAUGGAAUGAAACUACAGUAUAAAAUGAAUUGUCUGCAUAUACCUCCGUUUUUAUU